AUGGCUUGUGCAAAGAGACAAAAUUUGCCGUUCGCCACAAAGCUCGAAAUCAUCAAUCGGGUUAAGCGGGGUGAAAAGAAGUCCGACUUCGUCGCCGCGUACAAAAUUCCAAGGAGCACCUUGAGUACUAUCCUGAAGAACAAGGCAGACAUCAAGGCCAAGUCGGACAAAAGGCCAGGUGCCCGCGGCGCUCGACGUAGGCGCGCUGCUGUGUACGAAGUUGUUGAAGCGGCCGUUUACAAGUGGUUUGUGGACGUUCGGUCGCGAAACAUCCCGGUGUCCGGCCCUAUGAUCGAGCAGAAAGCCAAGGACCUUGCUUUUCUGCUUGGUAGGAGUGAUUUCCAAGGCGGUUCAGGCUGGCUUCAGGGGUUCAAAGAACGGCACGACAUCGUUAACAAAGCUGUUACAGGUGAAAGCAAAGCGGCGGACCUGGACAGCGUACAAAAAUGGCUCGAGGAAAACUGGCGAGAUAUCGCAGCAAGAUAUAGAGCCCAAGAUAUCUUCAAUGCGGAUGAAACCGCACUAUUUUGGCAAAUGUUGCCAAACAAGACACUUGCAUGUCGUAGCGACAAGACAAGCGGCGGUACCAAGGCGUCAAGGCAUCCACCUAGCCGUCAAGGCAUCCACCUAGCCGGCGAAGACAAUCACGGGAUCCUGGUGACCAUUAAACCACCACCGAGGCUAUUGGCUAGUUCCUGGCACGGCCUGGUUCUGGGGUUCGAGCUGAACACAGCGCCGCAAAUGACGUCGUCUAUCGGGAGCGUGAGCGAGCCGUCGGGCUAUGAGCCCGAGCUUUUACACUUCCACCACAGCUGCUUCACCGCUGGACUGUUGAAGGGCAUGAACCGCCGGUGCCUGUGUGCCACAAGUGUGCAAGCAAGCCAGCGAUAG